AAUUGGCGGAAAUUAAGGAAAAACAACGCAUAGAAAAAAAAAUCUUUCUUCCAGUCUUCCGAUCAUUGAUGGAACACUCAAUAUUUCCACCUUUCCGUUACAGCAAGAUGAAGCAUCAGUGAUUGAACUAGUAGACAUUGAAGGCAAAACAUAUUCCAUUUUGACAACCACCGAAAACACAUCAAAUAUUAGCAAUAAUUUCCGCGAGUGUUUCAAAGAAGAUGAUAAUAAUUAUGACACUCAUAGUCCAGUCCUAAGCCUCAUUGAAAAAAAUCCGGAUUCAUCAAUCAGUGUUGCUUCAACUUCAACACCAAAAAGAUCCGUUCAGGGUGAUAGGCAAAUUUCUGGAGAACACAAAAUAAAAUGUUCUGUCGGCAACUUCAAUUUGAAAGAGUUGCUUGAGUCGACACUCGUAGGCAAGGCGAUAAUAAAUACAUAUAGGGAAAAAGAAUUUCUAGACACUAGAUGUCAAAGUUACCUGGUGGAACUAAUUACGUCCCAUUUUCUGAGGAAUGAACAGUUCCAAAGACUUCAGAAUGACGAUUUUAAAUACCUAGCUGUUUGCAUCAAUAAACUUUUUCCAAACGAAAAGGAAAUUGUCUAUUUUGUGCCUCCAGUAAAGGUUUGUAACUCUAAACGUGGCAAGUCCGAAAAAUCCAGAGGAAAACUGGUGGAUAGGUAUAAAAAUACUGUUAGUUUUCUGAUAUCGUCUAAUUUACUUCCCAAAAUUCGAAGUGGGAAGAACGAUAUAACCUUUUCGGAAUCUGAAUCAGACAAAAAUAAUAAUGACGACACUGAUGAUGACAACAAAGUUCAUGAAAACUGGCUUCGAAAUAACAUUGAGCCCUGGAAUGACGUUAUAACUCAUUGGGAUAGUUCCCAUGACUUAAGACAAAAAUGGCUAAAUUCUCCAAAUGUUACCAUUGAAGACAUAAAUAGAGAUUUUGAACGUCUGUUCACCAAUAAACAAUCUUCACUUUUUGCUAAUUGGGAAGAAAAGUUUUCUAAACUUUUAGAACUUAGAGGUAACACAUUACGUGAAUAUGAAGCUGUAUUAAAAAAUUUAGCUCAAUCCAAUAGUGUAAAUUCUGACUAUCGUCAUUAUCUUCAUUUGUUACUGCUCCCGUCCUUGCUGCCUAAUAAGAGCAGACUAACAAUAAAAAACAAAUCUGGAAAACCAUUUCAAUGGAAACCGCAAGUUUCUGAAUGCAGAGAAAGCAUUAUUGUGGCUGUGACGUUGCCAGCAGACGUGGAGUUGACUGUGGAGAAUCGUAGAGCAAAAUGUUCUGAAAGAAAAUUGACUUUGCAGCCAUUUUUGAUUGUAGAACUAGAGGAAACCACUGUGAAAUCCGUUCAUGUAAGUGUGCAUAAUACUAUUUAUAAGGUGCCUUCAGUUUUAAAGGGAAUUGAUACCUGUUUUAAUAUCUUCCAUGUAUUGCAUUUGAAAUAUCCAUUUGAAGGCGAACACAUUUGGUUGUUUAUUCAGAUGUGUGUUUACAACAUAGAGCUAACAGAUUUUGACCAUAAGAUUCCCUUUAUUAUGGAUAUAGCGAACAAAAUAGAAAUACUAUCAAAAAAUAAAUUAUUUGACAAUAUAUACAACUUAAGAAAACACCUAAAAAAUAUACAUGAUGCACAGAAAAUUUACGACUAUCCGAUUUUUGAUAAUAUUGAUAAAGAUGUCCCGUCUGUCUCUGCAAUAUCUCUGAAUGAGAUUUCCCAAGAAUGUGAAAUUCAAUCUGAUUGUCAAGAUUCAAUAAAAAACUAUCAACCCACUAAUAAUUUUGAAGAUUCAAUUUUAAAUUUCACUGCAAAAUUAUAUAAUAAUAACACCAUAACGAGAAAAACUAUACAAGAGGUUGUAGAAAAUAGUUCGGAAUUAAUUCAGGAUAUAAUUACUAACAUAAAAUGUACUGCAACUGAAUUGAAAUUUAUAAAAGAAGAUGCAGUUCAUGAGUUCAAUAUUUUCUUGGCAAACUUUUCAAUCAAUGCGUUUAUAUCUGAACAUAAACGAUUUAAAUAUUUUGAAAACCAAAAGAGCCUAAUAAAGCCACUUCCAUUUUUGAUUGGAGAAGAGUUUGAUGAUAAUCAAAACGAUAAAGAUGUUAUUCUGUCAAUUAAAAAAUGCGAGGGGCAAAUUAUCAAUAUUUUGGAGGUUCUAAAACAGUUUUUAGAGCUUCCGAAUAUUCUUGAAAGCAUAAUAUAUCACAUAGACAGUGAAACUCGUAGAUCACCAGACAUAAUUUCAUCCCUUUUUAAUGGAAAUUUGUGGCGUAAAAUAAAAAAUAUCAACCAGGAUAAAUUACUUUUGCCUCUACUGGUGUAUUUUGAUGAUUAUGAACCAGAAAAAAAUGGUAUAAAAGUUGAGUAUGAGGGGAAGUCAGUAUUGGUGUAUUUUUCAUUGUUUUUGCUGAUAGGUGAUAACUUGGGUAUUCACGCAAUGACUGGUUUUUCAGAAAGUUUUUCAGGAGAGUUCUCCUGCAGGGUAUGUUUAUGUGAUAAAACUAUGUGUAAAAAAUUGUCAUUGGAAAAUACUGAACUUUUGAGAAACGAAUUGAACUACAAUGAAGAUGUUAGAAAUAAAGCCCAUGGUGUAAGGGAAUGGUGCUUUUGGAAUCAAUUAUCAAACUACCAUAAUAUUGAAAAUAUAUCAUUUGAUAUUAUGCAUGAUUUAUAUGAGGGUAUCUGUCGGUACGAUAUGGGCCAUAUUUUGUACUCCCUUAUUUAUGAGAAAAAAUAUUUUACACUCGAACAGUUGAACAAGCGAAUUAAAUAUUUUGGCCACAGAGAAUGUGACAUUGGUAAUCGAAUUCCUUUAAUAAAUGAUAAACAUAUUGCCAAACGUCAUAUAAUUAUGUCAUCAUCAGAAAUGUCUGCAUUUGUAGCAUAUUUUGGUUUUUUGGUAGGGGACUUCGUCGAUCCUCAGGAUGAAUAUUGGCAUUUUUAUUACACCCUCAUUCAGAUUAUUCACAUAAUAAUUAAGCCAAUUGUAAAUAAGGAACAACUUUCAUUUCUAGGGCUACUAAUUAAAGAGCAUCACGAGCAGUACAUAUUAUUGUUUAAUGAUAAUCUGAAAAUGAAACAUCACUGGCUUCUUCACUAUCCACGAAUAAUUUCAGAAGUUGGUCCCUUAUGUUACUUAUCAUCAAUAAGAUACGAGGCAUUUCAUAAAAUUGCCAAAACCAACGCUCAUGUUGUUUUUAAUAGGCGGAAUAUUAUUUAUACUCUAGCUAUUCGGCAUCAGUUGAAACUAUCAUAUAGAUUAUUAUCCAAAAAAGGGUUUGAUGACGAGUUGACUAUUGGAGCCAUGGAGAGCCAUAUUUCCGAAAUUGAAGACUUUGACAUUAGCUUAAUUGAAAACAAUGUAACGCACGAAAGCUUUCUAAUUUCAUGGUUCAAACGCAAUGGAAUUAAAUUUUCGAAAAAUAUGUGUAUUCAGAUAAAUAGAGAUGAAUUCGGCGAUCCUGUAUUUGGCUUAAUAAGAUUUAUUAUAUUUACGCCACCUAGAGGUAUUAUAUUUAUUUAUAAUUUAUUAAUGACCAAUACCUUCAAUACUGAUAUUUAUGGUUAUAUAGUUGAUGAAACGUUUGAAUCGUUUAAAAGUAUAGAGUUGCAUCAAAUACAUUGUUCGUAUCCUACAGCUCCACAUAAAAUUGCUGGAAACAAAAAAGCAAUUCACUCUUUUAAACAAGAUUUGUGA